CUCCCCGCGGUUGGGCGCCAUAUCAGUCGUUCUCCGAAUUUGAAGGUCGUCCAAGCCAUCAGGCGUCGAUAGGUCAUGAAGGUUGCUGUCGACACAGUCUGUUCUCGUGGGAAGUUCUUCCCACCUAUGACCACCUGGGCCGACCUCGGAGGCUUGUCUAAAAAUAAGGCAUCAUUGCAAAAGUAGGUGCCUUUCCACAAUGAUAGCCUAUGAAUAGUACAGUGCGUGACCGAUCUCAUAAAAUGUUGGCCAAAAUCCUGGAAUGUGUUUCCGAUUAGGAAGGACUACUUAAGUGGGGUUGUUAUACUGAUUAUCAUGCAGCAUAACCCUAUAACAUUUCGGACUCGCCAGGGUGUCGGCUUUUGAAUGCACUUCUUUUUGACCUGCAGAAACCACACUCGGUAAAAAAUGACUGCUUAGGUUGCAGGCAUUUUUCCUAUUGAUUUUCAAUGAUCUUAUAAAUUUAAAUAUAUUUUAUAGAGAACAUGCAUAAAUAUAUGAUUUCUUUUGCUAAUUUGGUAGGAAAUCGCAUUGUUUUCAUAUUUUAUGCCCGACGAAAUUGUCGGUGUGUUAAUGUAAGCCAUUGCUAGGAAACUUCUUUACUGUAUUUUACGGCAUCAAAAGCUGGACUUUCGAAGUUUAAUCUGUUUCUUGUUUUUCGGAAACAAUGCGAUUUCGCAUUCCUGAAUCGACCUGAUUUUCAUGGACGCAAAAUCCUAUUUUCCGUUUCAGUAAUGGAUCCACUUGUUUUUAUUGAUUUCCAUUAUGGCAGAACGCCCAAUCUCGACCUGCUUUUCUACCAUAAGGUAGAUCUAAAAUGAAUUCUUCUUUGUUAAAAGACUUUCUGUGCGACAAACCAAUUCAGUAAACAGAAAUAACCGCACUCAAUGUAUGCCGUACUACCCUCUCAAAUUCCUUUCUGGACGUUUCAUGAGUUAAGUCAUCUACAGUAAUACACGCUCGACGGCGCCCUUCUCCAGCCAUAUUGGCUUGGUUCUACCACUGAUGCAGGGUGAGAGAGGGCGGAGUUGGUGAGACCGAUUCGGUUAAGAUCUCGUUCACACUUUCUCCUCUAUGAAGCAUCCAAUACGCCUACCGGUGAUUAUGGUUUGGGGGCUGCCAGACAAUAAGUUCAUCUUGUUUUUUCCCUGGACUGAAGUUCAACCUGCCAUUCAACCUUCAUGGAGACUUUCCUUAACAAGACUCGGAAAACAGUACUUCGCAAUCUGCUUUGUGCCUGCGAGUAUAUGAGGUACGCGUAGACGUUAAUCGAGAAGGCGUAAUCUUAGUCAUACUACUAACUUGCGUUCAGUAGCUCAUUUUUUUACAUUACCUUCGACCAUUUUGGCACUACCGUUUCGCGUUCAGUCUUAUGCAUUUUGCAUACUAGAACCACCUGUAGCUGCUUCCCAUGCGAACCUGCGUCGUUGUAGUCUAGUUUUCACGUGCAAAUUUACCGAGACAUUGAAAAUUCUCGUUAGUGGCGUCAAACGAAUUGUUAUCCUUACUGUGUUUUUUUACAUGGAAAGCAAUUUUGACCAAUAACCGAAGGGCGCUGCAUGAGGUCGAUUUUACACUUACUUUUCUCGCCCCAUCAUACAUCUGGUGCGCUGUUAAACCAUCGCAAAGCUUUAAGACCUGCCACUUUGGACGCCUAUAACUAGCGCCGGAGGGCGGCCCUCUAUGGUUUGUCUGGUCGCAAUGACCCGACCCCCUCUUACGCAACAGCUCUCAUUGCUAUGACAUCCGAAGUAUCUAAGUAUUGUUUAUGUGAGUGCAGGAACCAGCAUGUGUAUGAUACUCGAAGUCCGGAGUGAAUGCCUGUUCAACCGUUGUCCUCACCACCAUCGCUGGUGUUCAUGCGUGUAUCCUCUGGAAGGGAAAACAGUCCCCGGGUGUGGGUGGGGUGUUGGUCUUCACGUAUCUGUACUUGGCGCGACUCUGAUCCUGCAUGAUCUAUCCGGCUUCACAAAGUGUACAUCCCCCCACACGUGAUGAUCUGCGGCAGCAGAUCUGUGGAGUUCAACCCACUUCCUCCUCUUCCAUCAGCGGAGGCCAGAAGCUCCGGGAGUUAUUUCACGUCAUAGCAAGCUGUGUCGCACCAGGUCUGGACAUUUCCGACGCUUGCAGGUGGUCCGCAUCGCCGGAUUACGGACAGCAACACGGAGCCCAUGGCGCGGACGACGACGACGACGACUAACGUGCCCUUCCUGAAUGACUCGAUAUAUCGAUAUAUAGCAGCGAGUGCAGAUUUUUUCCCACGGAACCAAGCACUGGUCAUCAGGCAACAGUCCUCAUAGAAAUCCCCGAAAAAUGUCCUUAUGGAGCCGGAAAGGCCAACUUACCUUGAUGUCUAUGCCCCGGAACACCCGAACUGCUUGGUCGUACCUUUAAAAAAUACCUACUUUCUCAGUGCUAGUAGGCUUGGGGAAAUGCAAAUUUUGCUGACUUUCGACUUCUGACCAUGGAGCUGCAUAAAAAUACGCCCAUUGUAUAAAAUGACGUUUUUCAGUUUUGCCCCUCUAGGGAGAAGGGCGUCUAUUUUGCAAAAUGUCCCGAAUUAUGUGAUUUGACAGGUCGAUAAAUGGCUCCGCAUCUGCGCAUGCUGCGCGUGCAUCUUCUGUGGCGGGAUUUCACCUUAUCAUUUUUUAUCGCAUUUGACGCAGUCAUUUUUAUUCUGACCUUAGCUUCUGGACCUAGUCUACACCCUCUUCAGCCGAGCGCCCUCCAUCUACGCCGAGUGGACCAAGGCGCCAUCUGAGACGACGACGGCAACGGCGGCAGCAGAAGGGGAGGAGGAUCAGCAGCAGCACCUCGCCUGCUCCACUUCGGAGAACAGCCGCCUCUGGUCCGUGUGCUGGUGUUCCCUGCUGCAGUCCAUUGCUCGUCUCUGUGUAGACUGUCGCCGGGAAGUCCGUUCCGAUGCCCUGGCCUUUCUUCAGCGUGCCCUCCUUUCGCCCAUCCUUCACGUUAUGACCGGCGAGCAGUGGGAGGACUGUUUCUAUCAGGUAGGAGCGAUUGAACUCGCCUCCCCAAUACCCCACCCUCCCCCCUCGAUCUGUCUUCUGUAAGUUCCGUUUGUACGUGGUGUGAGAAUCCCUGUUUGAUGGGGCCACUCAGUGGAGGUGCGCAUCGGCACGCAGUGAUCGGCAAGCGCAUAUAGCACGCAACUUGAUCUCCACUCCACAGGGUUCCGCAUCUCGCAUAGGUGGCACUCCUGAUGGUCUCGUCCAUCUUUUUGCUGUCAGGCUCACCUGGUUGGCUGUGACCAAUGAGCAGACAUCAAUCAAGCAUUUUGAGUCAUCUACAAGAUGCCAGCGAGACACUAAAUUCAUGCGCCGACAGAUACUUGUGACGAUAGAGGCUAUGGCCAUAGGGUUAGUCAGCCCAAUCCUAUGCUCACAGAAGGGUCUGAAAGCGUGGGCUAUGCCAGUAUCAGCAAACCAUGGCCCUCGCAGCCUGUUAUGCGCUGGCAGCUCCCUGACACCUGGUCCCCUGCCGGUAGAUGCACUUGCGCUCCCGCUGGGUGUACAGGUGAUGGACAUGGCUGCCCAGUCAUCAUUCUCUUCCUUCUGACCCUUUUUGUGGUGUUGUUGUUAAUUUUAUUGCUGUUGUUGGUCAAAAACCUAGUCAUUUGCUGUGAGAACCAAGGGGAUGUGGAGUAGAACGUCAAGGUGCAGGCUCGAUCGUGCCAUUGACUCUGUCUUGAAACCGGGUCCAGAUGGGGAAUGGGGACGAGAGAGUUCGGUAGAUGCUUUGCAAGUCUACUAUCACCAUAAACUAAUUCACGCUCAAGUCGCCGUCCCUGCCUCACCUUGUUGGGGAACACACGUCGGAAUCGACGGUCAAGAUGUCAUGCUGCCAGGUACGCAAAUUCGUCCAUAUAUGCGAGGAGAGGUUUAUUGACAUUUAUUCUGGGCUCGUUGUAGUUAGUAUUUGGCGCUGGUUGGUUCAUGAUCACUGUCUUUUCUAUGGCAGUCGGAGGCGAAGAGACCCACACUCCACAACCACACACCAAGUGCGUGAGCAGGAGAGCCCCCGUAGAGGCUCGCAUGUGUUGGGUUUUGAACAGUCGUCUGUCACUUAGGUAAGUGACGUUCACUCCCGGCGUCCGUCAGCAUGGAUACAGCCAUCCUUGUAUUAUAUAUAUAAUAAGGCAGUGUGUGCCACCUAAGUAGCGUAAGUUUGCGUUGCCGCACAAAGGCUUACAUCCUCAUGUUUAUUCUGCGUUAAAUCACGUCUACCCGAAAUUUUGUGUACAUGUGCUUAAAAGCAAUUUUCCGCUUUAAAACAUUCCUUACCAUGAGAUUUUUCUGAAAACCUCCAUAAACGUUUGUAUAAUACCUUGAAGGAAAUCGCCAAUGCCAGUGCCCGUGCCUUCAACUUGCCUUUAUUGAGACAUAUGUGAAAGCUCACUAUGUGUCCUCGUUCGACGUCUCCCGGUUUUGAAAAAGGCGUGUUUUCCCUUCACCGCCCCGUUUGCGUCUUUAGGUUCUCUUCCCCCUGCUGACCAACUUCCUGGAGAUUGAUUUCCUCGAUGAGGCUCGUCGCAUGCGCGGAGACCUCAAAACGACCAGUGCUGGCGUAGGUGGUCUUUCCACUCACAAUACCGCAGGUCAGACUAGCGGCGGUGGCAGCAGUGGUGGUGGCGGCCUUGGCUUCUUCAGCGGCAUUUUCGGUGCUCUCAGUGAGGCUCCCGGCAGCACAGCUCCCGUCGCCGAGUACGCGGACCCUCGCAUGCGGGCCAUCCCCCUGCUCACCAAGAUCUUCCUGCAGCAUCUGAAGCCGCUCCACAGUCUGGAGACCUUCCCGCGCAUCUGGAUGCGCAU